AAAUACUUUUGCCACCUGGGACCCACGGGAUUUCUGUAACAUUUCUAAAAUUGUUCUCCCCAUGGAUUCAUUUUGGUCACCCCCAAUCUUCAUUUUGGAAAGAGUGAACGAACAGAAGUCCAACUUGGAGUACAUUGUUGUCACACACAACGGCACCUUCAACGCCAGCCUUCCCUUCCAGGUCACUCUAACGUGCAGUUUGAUGAUCCUCAAGUUCCCCUUUGACACCCAGACAUGCAACAUGAGCAUUGCUUCAUUUCUCUACCCAGUAACAGACCUUUCCAUGAAAGUGAAACGGACACCAGCUGAGAUGCUGGUAAGCAGUCAGAGCUUCUUCCUAACUGAUGGAGAAUGGAAGUUCACCAACCUGAGCAUCAAUGAGUACAUGGAAGAAAUAGACGAUGGAGAAUUUCCUGUGAUCACCUAUAUGAUUUCCAUGAAGAGACGACCCACUCUGUAUAUUCUGAACCUCAUCCUCCCAACAUGCGCCCUGUAUCUGCUUGACAUGGCUGUGCUGUUUGGACCCAGCUCUCUUGAGGAGAAAAUCAGUUUCCAGAUUUCCAUCAUUCUUGGCAGCUCCAUGUUAGCUGUGAUUCUCAACAAUAUGCUUCCAACUUCCUCCAACGAACCACCUAUAAUAGUGCUCUUUUUCUUAGGCACCUUCCUGCUGAUGAUCAUGGCUGUGCUGGACACUUUCUUCCUGUUGCACCAUCAGCACAAAUCCCUACGCUUAGGCAAAGCUUUCAGAACAGUCCAACAAGAUAUGCACACCGAGCCACCAAUGACAACAAGCCAGGCCAUGAAACAACCUACCAAGAAGACCCAGGAAAAAGUGCAGCAAACCAAACCCUACUGGAAAACACCAGAACAGGACCCGGUUCUGAUAGUUCUGGAGAAGGUGCUUCUUUACAGCCAUUUCUUCUUGUCACUCUUUUUUUUUGCUGUUAUUUCUAUAAAAUGGAGCAGUUAGGGACCAGCUCUGUGCGAUGCUCACUCAGUCUUAAUCCAUUUUAUUUCUUCAGAGCCUUCUGCUGUAUUUUCUUUUACUGCUCAAUUUGAAUCAGUUGCUUCAGCUCCUAAAUUAGAAAAAAAACAAAACAAACAAACACAACCAGAGCAUAAAGUCUGCAUGGUACGUGCACUGGUAUGUACUCUAGUUCUGUAAACAUACAUAUAUUCUGAAAGUGCUCCGUGGGCUACCAAAGUAAUUAGAUAAAGCUAUAAUGGAACUCGAAGAGAAUAUCUUAAUUCUAUCCAAUAGUAAUUAUUACAACUAUGUCAGAAAAAGGGACCUAGAGCUCUUUUUCAUUUAUGGAGAUGUUUUUAUUUUGAGGAAAGACAUUUAAGAAUUCCUACUCAGAUAAUUAAAUAAAUCAAUCAAAGUAUGAAGCCUUUGUUCUAUUGUUUCUGUGAUUUUCAGUGAGAUCUGCAACAUACAGAAAUCCAGACUGGUAGGAUCACUAGGAUUAUAGGGGAGCAAUGCUUGGGAUGUUUAAAAUAUCCUACUUCUGAACUUCUGUAUCUCACCUAAUUCGUUAAACUCCUAUUGCAAUUGGCUGCACCUAAACCAACACAACCAACCUGGAAAGCAGCCCCAGCACACUGCCCCUAAAGCCACUGAGACAGACCUCAUUCUGCAGAUCACUACUAAAUAUAACUUAUUCUGUGGCGCUGGAGUGUAAGUCUGUCCCCUAAACAAUAAUUGAUCUGCAAAGGCAGAACCACAUUCCCUGCAGUACAUGGUUACAAAGGUAAACGGGAGCCUUGUUUGCAUUACAGAAGAUGUGUUAGGACUCAAUGUUAGUAUCAGAUCUAGCUGAGAUCUUAGUACUUCCAUAAAAUCAAGUUCAC